UAAGCAGGGCAUUUCCUGAUGCUUGUUCCCACCACAGUGGACAGAUUGUAGGCAGACAGGCUGACAUGGCGCAGACAUGUGGGCUGAGUCUGCUGCUGACCUUGCUGCUGCCUGCACUCGGUGCUUCCACCCCAGGUGUCGAGUUCAGACUCAACAGUGCUGCACUGAGCUACGUGUCUGAGGUCGGGAAGGCGCCUCUCCAGCGAUCCCUGCAAGUUACUGUCCCACAUUUCCUGGACCGCAGAGAGGUGCUUCAGGUCAAUAGGAUCCAGAUUGUGAAAGUCCAUGUGGCACGGCUCCGUCUGAAAUUCAUUGCAGGUUUCGGGGUACGGUUGCUGACAGCAGCCAAUUUUACUUUUGAGGUUGUUCGUGCCAAGAAGCCCCUAGAGCUGAAGAUGCCUGUGGCGCUGAUGGCUGAUAUGCAGGUAUUCCAGAGUGCCAUCGGGACCCCGGUGGUCAGCAUCUCCUCCUGCCUGUCUUUCUUUGACAACGCGGUCCUGUCUGACAGCUGGGACAGGCCCCUUCCAGCGCUGAUGGUGCUGCUGCAGCGCCACCUCAAGGCGGUGCUGCGCAACAAGCUGUGUCUGAGUGUCUCCAAUCUGGUGCAGAACCUUAACGUCCACCUGGGCACUCUAAUUGGCCUCAACCCUGUGGGUCCUGAGUCCCAGAUUCGAUACUCCGUGAUUGACAUACCCACUGUCACUGAUGACUACAUUGCCUGGAAUAUCAGCGCCAUUCUCUUCCUGCUGGGCAAGCCCAUCAUCCUGUCCUCGAAUGCUACCCUCUUCAUGUGGCCACAUCCCAUGGGUGAUGAGGGAGUCAUGGCCACCGUGGUCCUCUCACAGGGCCUGUUUGAUGCCUCCUUCCUGCUGCUGCAGAAGGCGGGGUCUCUCAACCUGGACAUCACGAGCCAGCUUAAAUCUGAUGACAACCCGCUGAACACGUCCUCCCUGGGUCAGCUCAUCCCUGAGGUGGCCCGCCAGUUCCCCGAGCCCAUGCCUGUGGUGCUCAAGGUGAGGCUGGGUGCCACGCCUGUGGCCACACUCAGUACUAACAGUGCCACCCUGCGGCUGCAGCCCUUCGUGGAGGUCCUGGUGCCUACUUCCAACUCGGCCUUUCAGUCCCUCUUCUCCCUGGAUGUGGUAGUGAACCUGAGCCUCCAGCUCUCCGUGUCCAAAGUGAAGCUUCAGGGCUCCACUUCUGUUCUGGGGGCCAUCCAGCUCACCGUGGCCUCCUCCAAUGUGGGCUUUAUUAAUACGGAUCAAGUGCACGAACUCAUGGGCACUGUGUUUGAGAGGCCUCUGCUGGACCAUCUCAACGCGCUCCUGAGCAUGGGGAUUCCCCUCCCCACUGUGGCCAACCUCUACUACGUCAACCCCCAAGUCUUCAUCCAUGAGGGCUAUGUGGUAAUUUCCAGUGAGCUCUCCUACCAGUGCUGACGCGGGACACCGGGCAGGGCAGCGAUGCGAACCAGCUUCCUAGCCACUCCGGAAACUGAGGCUGAGUCACUCCCAGCCACCUCCAUAAACCGAAGGCCCAGCCGGCUUGCUCAGUGUCACUGAGUGUCUGGCCUCCUCCUGCUCCUUGUGCCCCUGCUGUGCCUUUGUUCUGUUGGCCUGCUUCCCCUGUACCUUCUCCUCAUGGGUAGUAGAGGUCCUCCAGGCCCCCUCUCACAUUAAACACCUUCUCUUCUACAGCAA